AAGCGGCCGAAACAGUGGAGUCACAUAUUAUUACUGCUUUAACGCCAUCUAUAGAACAUUUAAUUUUGAUUGGAGAUCAUAUGCAACUUCGACCAAAUAUUUCUGUCCAUGAGCUCGCAAAAAAGCAUUAUCUUGACGUGUCACUUUUUGAGCGUCUGACUAAGACGUUGCAUUACACGCAGCUAACAGAACAACGUCGUAUGCGAACUGAGAUUCGUAAAUUGCUAGAACCAAUUUAUGGUGACAGCCUCACGGAUCAUGAGUCGGUUAAAGAAUAUCCUCGUGUUCCUGGAUUAUUCAAUGAUCUUUUCUUCUUUGAUCAUCAAGAAGAGGAGUCAGCCGUUAAAGAUUCAACGAGUAAGAUUAAUAAGUUUGAAGCUCAUCUAUGUGCCAGAUUUGCUUGCUUUCUCGUAAAUGGAGGAAUUGACCCAGAAAAAAUUACAAUUCUUAGCAUGUAUUCUAGUCAGCGCAAAGAAAUUAAUAAAUUUCUUCGCGAAGAAAGUAGGAGAGUUGAAGCAGCAAAAGAUAUACAUGUUAGUUCUGUUGAUGGGUUUCAAGGAGAAGAGAAUGAUAUAAUAAUACUUUCCUUGGUAAGAAGUCGUGAUCCAAGAAGUGGUAUUGGAUUUUUAAGC